AUGCUGCCAAACACCGCAGCAAAAGUGCUCGGAACGACGACAGGCGAACAGUCAGCGAUUGUGAACCGAGUCAAGCUUGGACUCAACCAGGUCUACCCCGGCUCGAGUGACAAUCUCAGCGAGACGAAAAUAGAUAUCGUUGCCGUUCACGGCUUGGAAACACACUCACCGAGGACAUGGGUGGCAUUCCAGACGGAUGGUAACAACUCGUCUGGAGAAGUCCACUGGCUGCGUGAUGAAAAUAUGCUCCCUUACGUGAUCCCGGAAGCUCGCAUCUUCACGUAUGAUUGGAAUGCAAAUGUCAAUAGUGACGCAGCGGACCAAGGACUAUUCGGCCAUGCCAAUUCGCUGCUGGAGGAGUUACACAUGUUGCGAUCGGCUCUCCACUUGGCAUCUGCGCGCGAAAGUGACUAUACGUAUCUUCUUAGCGCUACUCGCGGUAUCAUAUUCCUAGGAACUCCAUUCCAAGGCGGUCAAAAUGAGCUCUUCACCCCGGCUGAACAGCGUGUUGCUGUUGCAGUAGCCAUGUAUGGCGAGAGGGCAACAGAGUUGGUCAGCUAUCUACGCAACGACGAACGAAGCAGAGAUCUAGAUGAGCUUGUCCACCAAUUUUGCAACAUGAUUCGCACCUAUUCACGUGACAUUGACAUUGUCUGCUACUACGAAACAAUGCCCACCAAACUGGACAAGAUAUGCAAGGGCCUGCCUGAUGAAGUAUCCAAGAAGCUCAUGACAAAGGAUAAAACGAUUCUGGUUGACCAACAUUCGGCCUGCCUCCCAGGCCAGACUGCUCUUGCAUUGGAUGCCAGACAUGCCAUGUUGAACAAGUAUAGAGGGCCAGAUGAUGGAACAUUUAGGCGGGUGUCCUUCCGCUUGAGACAGAUCGCUACAAAGGCACUGAAGACGGGCCCGGACGCCUGGAUUCGCAACAAUUACUACACUGCUGAAAGGCUCAGGAUCGAACGGCUUUCGGGCGACUGCCUGCCGAUGGAUCACUGUUAUAUCAAUCUUGCCAUUGUAGAGCACCGCUCCGCAGAAGGAUCAAAAGAUUCCGGGAGUUUAGGACAGGCAGAUAGGCCCUCCCCUUUCUCGUGUCACGCUCGAUUAAAGAUCGACACACCCCACGAGGACAUCCGGGUCGAGCUGCCCACAAUCUUCGAUCCACGGAAAGGCCCCGACGACUGCAUAAAGCGACCAAGACGAAUCCUAAUUCGAGGGCGAGCAGGUGUUGGCAAGACGACCUUGUGCAAGAAGAUGGUUCACGACUUCGUCCAUCAUUGCAUGUGGGAGAGCCUAUUUGACCGUAUCCUGUGGGUGCCUUUACGUACGCUCAAGCGAAAGCCUGACGAGGGAUAUAAUCUUGAGAGUCUGUUUCUGCGCGACUUUUUCGGCCAAGCGGAGAAACGUAAAAAGCUGGCCAAAGAGCUUCACCAAGAGUUGCAUGCUACUAAAUUUGCUAAAGCUCUGUUCGUCCUUGAUGGCUUAGAUGAAGUUUUUGAGGGUUUGGAUCCAGAUCAUAAGAUGCACGGAUUUCUCAUAUUUCUCUUGCAGCGGCCCAACAUCGUCAUUACAUCCCGGCCAUCAGCAAGACUUCCGGACUACCUAUCUGUUGACCUGGAAUUGGAAACGAUUGGGUUCUCCCCACAACAAGUGAAUGAAUACAUCACGAACGUCAAGGGUGCUGAUCGGCAGGAAGCAAGUGAGAUCCAAUCAUUCCUUGCCCAGCAUUCAUUCAUUCAGAGUCUAGUGCGGAUCCCGAUUCAGCUGGAUGCUCUCUGUCACACUUGGAACACAGACUCCAAGGCUGGACUAAUAUCCAAUACUAUGACCUCCGUUUAUCGAGCUAUUGCGGAAGACUUAUGGAAGAAAGAUGUCAAGCGGUUGGAAAAGAAAUACAGGGGCAAGGUUGUGGGAGUCCCCUACAUCCGAAUCUCUGGCUGGAGGGCGAUCGAGUCCUUAGUCAAGUUUGAGAUCCGAGUUGUUGAAGGCCUUGCCUUCAAUGGUCUGCACAAUGAUCUAAUCGAUUUUGAGCCGCGCGACUGGGAAGCUGUAUUUCACCAUUUUGAACCAUCAGAGACUGCGUCGGAGUUUUGGCCCGAAAAGGAGCUCCCACAUCUUUCCUUUCUGCGGACAUCGGAUGAUACAUCAGGGAACCGAAAUUAUCACUUUUUACACCGAACAUAUCAGGAAUACUUUGCAGCGAGUUAUUUUGUACAGCAAUGGAUGUCGAACGGUUCUUUAGAAUGUCUAAGUCUCGGGAGUGAGAGCCGCCGCCAGACACGAUUCACCCCCAUCAGCUACCUUCUGACACACAAAUACGACGCACGAUUGGACAUUUUCUGGCGCUUCGUCGCCGGCUUGCUUCACUCCAAGUGCGAUGAGGAGGAACCAUAUCGCUUUCUUUCCAUCAUUGAGGACCAACCGCGCGACCUCUUUGGUCCUGCGCAUCAACGACUGGUCAUGCACUGCCUCAGCGAAAUACCCCAGCCGCAUAAGAUCCCCCAAUUGAAGCAGCUUCGAGAGCAUCUGGAAGUUCUACUCAAAAAGUGGCUGUUGUUUCAAUGCAAUGUGGUGGGUUUUUCAGACUUGGCAGCUGAGACUGAAUUCCCAGACCAUGUUUUCGAAGCGGCCAUGCAAGAAUCAGAUUCACGGACCACAAUUAAACUUCUCUACUCGCUGGCGGAUAGGCCAAUACUUUCUCAGGAACUUGUAAACUCUGUGUUUGCCUACUGCGCCAAAGACACUCGGCUAGAUGUGAAACUUGCGGCAAUAAAAGCCUUGAAAAGACAGUCGCCCCUGCCUGACAAGAUCCUCGCGCGUCUCUCAAUUCUGUUGGGACAUCCCAACACCGAUGUGGUAAACAUGGCAGUGCUGACCUUGGGAAUGCAGCCUGGACUGUCGGGGAAGAUCUUGUCACGCAUACUAGCGUUGUUGAAGGACCCCGAUGAAGGUAUUAGGCGUGGUGCAUCAUUCUCCAUAGCGGAGCUCGAGUUGGUACUGCCAGAUGAAACAGUCACGGAAGUUUUAAGUUUAUUUGAAGACGAAAACCCGAGAAUUCGAUCCUCAGCGGCAAUCGCCUUGGGUCAACGAACGCUCCUGCCCGACAAGAUUCUCAGAGGGAUAGCAGCGCUGUUGAAAGAUUCCGAGGGUGAUGUCCGGGCGGCGUCGAUUGCCUGCUUGUGCCGACAAUCACCGAUAUCAGGGCAAAUGAUCCUAGAUAUGGCGGCACUAUUAAAAGACCCCGAGCCACAUGUCCGGCUAGUGGCGGUCGAGGCCUUGGGUAGACAGUCCGUCCUUCCAAAUGAAGUCCUGGUCAGCUUGAAGGGGUUAUUCAAAAACCCAGAUUCCAAUGUCCGAGAAGCGGCAGCGCUGGCAUUCUAUCAGCAGUCGGUGUUCCCAAGGGAAAUCCUUCCAGAUCUGGUACCUUUACUUCAAGACCCAGAGUCGCAUGUUGCGUCAACGGCAGCAAGCACCUUUGCCGGGAUAACAGAGCUACCAAGGGAGAUUCUUCUUGAUAUAGUAAAACUAAUCAAAAAUCCUAAAGAGCCAGAGGAUGUCAAGUUUGAAGCAUUACGUGCCUUGGGUGGACAAUCGCAACUUCCAACGGAGAUCCUCCCAGACUUGGUAGUAUUAGUCAAAGAUCGGGACUUAAUCCUCCGAGAAGAGGUUCUUUCAAAGGCAGCGAUUCUUUUACAAGACCGAUACGCAACUAUCCGAGAAAGGACGGUACUUACCUUGAGCAGGCUCUCAACGCUGCCAAGUAAUAUUCUCCUCAAGGUAGAGGCACUAUUGAAAGACCCCCAGCCAUAUGUCCGAUUUGCAGCCGCAACCAUGUUGGAUCAGCAGUCAGUACCGCUAGAAGAUAUCCUCAUAAACAUGAUAGCUAAACGAAAAGCCCGCGUUAGACCCGGGGACCCUGUCGGGGAUGCGUAUUAUUCUACCGAGGAGAAGCAGAUAUUCUCCAGGGACAUUUCGCCUUACUUGGAGAAAAUAUCUGACAAAGUAUUCCAUUCUCUUCUUUGUAAAAUCGAUGGCAUGUCUUUUAACAUCUUGUACGACGAGUUGUUGCAAAGAAGCUUUUCAGAUCAUCUGACCUGGUGUGUGGAGGGCACAAAGUCCCGUCUCGUUUUGACGGAGCGAACGAGGAUUAUCGAAUUUAAAAAUUUACAAGGCCUGGUCAAGGAAGCACAGAUAUUCUACAAAGUUCCCCCCUCCUAA